UUCAUCAGCGCUCUCCUCCCCUGGUCACUCGCUCUGCCUCCUCUCCGUCGUGUCACCGGAGACAAAAAAAAAAAGAGGAAGGAAUAUGGUUUCAUCUGACGCUCCUCCCGUUUCAGCGCGGCUCUAGCGGAUCUGUGGCGCGGAGCAGGAGGCUGGAGCUCGGUCCGGCACGAACCCUCCUCUGUACCUGGAUCCAGCGAGCCUGCCUGCGAACCCCCCGUCCUGCAGGAGCACCCCGCCGCACACCGGGAGACAUAAAUGGUGGAGGCCGUGGUGGAGUUCGACUAUGAGGCUCAGCAGGACGACGAGUUGGGCCUGACGGUGGGUGACAUCAUCGUGAACAUACGGCGGGACGAUGGCGGAUGGUGGGAGGGAGAGCUGGGCGGACGCAGGGGGCUGUUCCCGGACAACUUUGUCAGGGAGAUUAAGAAAGAGGGGAAGAGGGAUGGAGGACAAGCAAGCAUGAUCAGGUCUGACCUGGCGAAUGGCCGGGCCAGCCCCGUGUCCGACCCCGGCGUGCGGCCGGGCAGGAAAGGAGAGCAAAUCCGUAAGCGGAGGUGUAAAGCUGCGUUCAGCUACGUGCCUCAGCAUGAGGACGAGCUGGAGUUGAAAAUCGGAGACGUCAUUGACAUCAUAACAGAGGUGGAGGAGGGCUGGUGGGAGGGGCUUCUUCAUGGCAAGACUGGGAUGUUUCCCUCCAAUUUCACCAGAGUGGUCGUGGCGGAGUCUGACACAGACACGGCCACCUCGCAGGAGGAGCUCCGCAGCAGUCGCUCGAGUAAAGACAGUCCAGGCAGUGAAAGUGACGGAGGAGACAGUCGGUCGGAAACAGGGUCGGGAGAAAUCGUGCCAAAGAAGGUCCGAGGGUUUGGUUUCGGUGACAUCUUCAAAGACCAGCCCAUCAAGCUCAGACCUCGCUCCAUGGAAAUCGACUCGGAGGGCGACAAGGUCAACGAAGGGAAAGCAGCGAGCGUCGCCCCUGAAACCAUGAAGACAGAACCUGACAACAAAACUAAAGGGCGGGAGCAGUGUAAAGUUCUCUUCCCGUACGAUGGACAAAACGAAGACGAGCUGUCGAUCAAAGAGGGAGAGAUCGUCAACAUCAUCACCAAGGAGUGUGCGGAUGCAGGCUGGUGGAUGGGGGAGAUCGGGGGGAGGCAGGGCGUCUUCCCGGACAACUUUGUGAAGCUGCUCGAGGUGGAGAAGGAGAGACCAAGGAAGCCGCCGCCCCCCAGCGCACCUUCAGCCAAAAACACCACAGAGAAAAAGCCGGAGGUCAGGAAGGUUCCUCCUGAGCGUCCCGAACAUCUGCCGCAGAGGGACCAGGAACGAGGUGAAGAGGCGAAGGUCGGAGACAUCCCCAAGCCCUCCCUCCCAUCCCACCUUCCCAAGAAACCCCUCCCCCCAAAGACAAGCUCCUCCCCUGCCUCCCUACCCCCGCGGCGUCCUGAGCGACCCCCUCCUGUAGCGUGUGAAAGCCCCAAGUCAGAGGGCGGGGCUUCGACACCAGAUUCUGCCCCUGACAGGUCACAUGAGACCGAUGCGGACCUGGACGCCGUGCUUCCAGCUGCGGAGAAACUGAGUCAUCCCACGGUGACGCGGCCGAGAGUGACGGACCGCCGGCCUCGCUCACAGAUCAUCUCAGCUUCCUCUCUGUCCAGUAUCGACCUGGACCCCCCGGCAGUGGAGGACAGGAAGGAGAAGGAGAGAGGGAAGGACGAGCCGGGGGCUGUUCCUGUCCGAUCUGUGGACGUUUCCCUGAGAAAAGGAAUUCCCCCCAUCCCUGCCCCUGACGGUAAAGCACCACUGCCCGCCAAGCCCUCUGUCCUGACCCCGCCGAACACCGCCCUCCGCCCCAUCUCCCCGUCUUCCUCCUCGGGACUGAGCCCCUCCCCCGAGCUCCGGCACUCGCCCCUGACCCCCCUGACGGUGGAGGAGCUCAGGAAUCAGCUGAGAGACCUGAGGACCUCCGUAGAACUGCUGAAGAGCCAGCACAGGCAGGAGAUGAAGCAGUUGUCCAGUGCGCUGGACGAGGAGAAGAAGAUUCGUCUCAGUUUACAGAUGGAAGUAGAGCACAUAAAGAAGAACCUGAUGAAAUAACGACCGAAGCAUCCCUCUGAUCUGAUCACCACAUCGGAGGCCACGUGUUUCUAAAGAUUUUUCACUGUUGGUCGAGACACUUUGGCCGAGGAAACGUUUGUGCCAAACGAUCAUCACGAUCACCAUCAGCAAACCAAUCAGCACCAUGGAAUCAGCCACCUCCCUCCUCCACACGCCUUAUCCUGCGUUUACGUCUUUUAUUUUUAUUUUUUUUAAAAAGGCUUCUCUGUUCGGUUUACCGUUGUCCUCGUCCAGAGCUUGCUGUGCCACCGGUACUGACUGACGGACCGCGGCCCGUCACCGUGCGUCGCCACGGUCACGGUUGAUGCAACAGAGCUGCGGUUGUCGUGGCAACCUCGCCGGUACUUUUUGUUUUCUGAGCGCGAAGGAAAGUCGGGACUGGACAUCCGGAGCCCGGAGGUGCAGACGACCUCUGAGCCGUCCUGUCUCCACUCUGUGGCCUUUGCCUCGCGUGUGUGUGUGUCUCUCUUUUGUUUUCCAACCCGUGUGAGGACAGAGGUGUUAGACCUGCCAGGUGACGUCAUGUGACCUCAACAGCCUGGAUAACGUUUUCUGAUUCAGGGUAAAUCCCAAAUUGAAGCACAUCGUUUAGCAUCAGUAUUAAACACAAACACUUUCUGCACACCGUGUGUUUGAUGCUUCUGUUGUACACUGCAGGCAGGUCACUGUGAAGCAUCGCACAUUGACAACACGGGCGUUAUUUCUCUUCCCCCUUAGUGUCAUAAUACACAUUGAGUUAUAAACUACAAGCAUGAAUCAAAUCUAACCAACAUGACAAGUACUGACGCUGUAGGUGCUAUUUAAAUGAGUAGUUUUGUCAUUCUGGGGGGAAAAAACUUUUGUACUUUCUCGAAGCACAGUGAGAUGAGAGAACUGAUUCCACUUUAAUGUCUGGAAAAUGAAGGAAACAGCUUGAUUCUGUCCAAACGUGACAACAGCCGACGACGUGUAUGAAAAUGUCAGUUUGAGGUUUUACGGCGAAGCCAACUUUUUCCCGUGACUUACUUCUUUUCGGACGACUUUAUUUAUUGACGGCUAAAAAGAAUCUCGGGAAUUGAGAUGAGAAAGUUUGUCAGGAAACAAAUUAACAUCCCUACGUUUUGAGGACAAGAAAAACCAGACGCUUCCAGCCACAGAAUCUUCUCCGUCACCCUCAGAUUCUGUAAAUUCACGUGAACCAAAUCUGUUUAUAGAGAUUACAAGAAAUUGUCCUGUGCAUUUCACCGUGUAAAUCCUCAAACCGUUACUUUUAUACUUAAAAAUAUACUUUAUAUGUACUUUUUACGAAUAAAAGAAAAGCAGAGAACAAGGUUUUAUUACCUGACUGAGCCCAGGCUUCAAAUUUAGAUUCAAGAAAAGCACAUGUCACUACAUGAACAUGCUGAUCUUUGUUUUUCAACUCACCUGGACCAAAAACAUUAUUAUAAAUCCUUUUUUCUUUGUUGCUUUUGCACUUUUCUAUUAUAAAAACAUCUGAGCCGAUCACAUCUCGUCCCACAACUCCGACCUGGAGCCACCUGAAGAUUAAAGUUAAGAUCAGUGUUUCAGGAAUGUGGUGAAAAGUCCUCACAGGUAAAAGGAAGAUGGAAACGUGUGUGUGUGGUAACAUGUAUGUGUACGAGUGUUUGCCUCCCGUUCAUAUAUGUACGUGCACAGAGUCUAUGGCAACCCGUCACUGUGGCCUUCCUGCUUAACUCCAAAUCUUUCUUUCUUUCUUUCUUUCUUUCUUUCUUUCUUUCUUUCUUUCUGUCGUACGACAACGAGAAAACUGCUACAACUGAGGCCACAAGUUGUUUUCUUGACUUGGUCCUGUUUCUCCAAGAUAGUGAUAAAUAUAUAUACUUUUAUAUUUCAGUGUAAUAAAGAUGCUAUUAUGUACUGUA